AAAUGCACAGAUGUCGUUGUUGGGGUUGCAAACAUUGAAGUUUCAAACCAAACUAACUGGACCACAAUUGUUCAAACACUCGAUUCAUCUACGCUUACAUUACAACAACUUAAACAACCUUGCGUUGAAAUUGCUUUGUUUGAACAAGAAGGUUUUCAUUUUGGAGAUUUCCAAGAAGUCAUUGCAGUAAAUGUUCCGUUCUGUGGGUUCGCUUGGUGUGGAUUUAAUCAAGUCGCCAUUAACCGAUACCCUGUGUCUUCCUGGACCUGCCUUACAGAAAGAUGCCAAACCAAGACCAUCCUUACAACUGUUGUUAUAUCAGUCGCAUCAUUCCUCAUCGUGUUUCUGAAUGCCAUCGUUAUAUUCGUUCUGGCGACAAACCAAAGUCUGCGUAAGAGUCAGUACAUAUACAAGAUGUCGCUCGCCUUUGCUGAUUUGAUUGUCGGUAUAUUCGUUUUACCAACUGUUCUCAGCAGCGUCUUGAAACUUUUAACGCACCAGAUAAGUCCCGGUGAGCUUUACAAUGUUACCAGUGUUUGGGAAAUCAACAAAUCAGUUACGAUGAGGGGUAUGGUUGGCAGCAGAGCGGAUGCGACAUCCCAAUCGUACUUAAACUUUGUGGGUUUUGUCACAACUAUAUCCUUAAUGGCCAACGUAUACUCAAUGCUAGGCGCUGCAUUAGACCAACUUUUAUCAGUAUUUAAACCACUGUGGCACCUGAAGCAUAGAGCAAUGCGCAUUGCAAAGUGGUGGUGUGCUAUACUGUGGAUAAUUUGUGUUGUUUACGCAAUCCUUCCAAUUGUGGUUCCAGGUUGGAAAUAUUCUUUUGAUGUUUCCCGGCUCGUCUUGGAUGAUUCCGAAACAAACAUUACUUACAUAUUAUUUCUGUUUACCCCACUAGUUUUAAUGUGGGUUAUCAACAUUGCGACGUACUGUAUUACUCGUCAAAGGAUUGCCACAAUGCAACGUAUGAAUUCAACAAGUAGUAACCUCACAAAUAUGAAUCGUCAAUCCAGGUUGUUUAAAACUAUUGCAAUUAUUAUUGGUGUGUUUACACUUAGUUUACUACCGAUGGUACUUGUGGUUACCUUAAUGCCGUUUAUUCCGCAUGUAUCCGUGAACGAGCCGCAGAACCUUGUUGUGGAAUCGGCGAUUGCUUUCUUCUCAGCGGAGUACGUCGCCUUAAUUAUUUUUCUAACGAGCAGUCUAUGGAACUUCUGGAUUUAUUAUCGACGGAACCAAAACUUUAGAAAUGCAUUAACAAGUCUCAUGUCAGGCGUAACUACGCGUGCAACUGUGCUGAAUAUACGAAACGUGCUCGGAGUGAAACAGAUCUUUAUCAUAGCACUUAGUCAUCCCAUCAUAACAAAGAGAGUAAAAAGAUGUCGGUUUAAAAUGAUUUUAUUUUUUAAUUACAGAGGAAUGCAAGCACAAGGUAUAACAUUAAGUUUUGUAAGCGUCGUUUUGUUGCUACUACGAUGUGCCGAGACAGAUUCAAAUGUAACAUCGUCUACUUUGGAACAAAGCACGAACCUAACGGGCAAUAUGUCGGCAACCACCCCGCUGUUAACGAACAACACAUUAGGAGACAUACCAUGUAACUACGCACCAGGGAUCACGGUAGGAAAUAGAACAAGAGUUUUGCAGUGCUGUCAAGUGAGGGUGAAGGCUUAUCGUUUGUUUUGGUCAAACGGAAAUGAAUUUCUUACCCGAUAUCUCGAAACAUUGAGUGAAUGGAGUUGCCCACAGUUUGAAGAGGAAUGUCGAAACAAGACCUACAACUUCCAUCCGUACGCUACUCUUGUAUAUAGUUACUUCUGCAACAAGAACACAUUUGAAUCAACCUGUUAUGACACAUUGGCUUCCACACUACAGAAGACACACAUGCCAACCAACCAAACCACUAAUUAUACACGAAACAACUGGUCACAUCUCAUCAAACAACUUCGUAAUGCAUCGCUAUCCAUUCAAGAAGCCCUUCAUCCUUGCAUACAAGUUGCCAUGUAUGAAGCAACUAAACAUAACUUUGGUGAAUUUCAAGAAAUGGUUAGUGUUGACGUUCCCACAUGCGGGGUUGUGUGGUGUGGGUUCAACGCAAGUUUAACUCGAAGUGGGAUCUCUCCAUGGUCAUGCAUGCCUAUAGGGUGUCGCUCUGGUAUCACCGUUAUUAUAGUAAUUUGCAUCCUAUUUGCCAUUUUCAUCACCAUGGGCAAUAUUCUUAUACUUGCUGUAAUAUGGAGAACCCCGGCACUUCACCACAGCCAGUCCGUUUACAAAUUCUCCAUCGCUUUAUCCGACUUCUUAAUCGGAGCCAUUGUCUUUCCAGCAUCUGCUAAUUCUAUAUUAAUGCUGGUAAAGACACCAUACAUGCUUGGUGAAGAACAAACUGUGUUCGGUUACUCGGUUGUGGAUGGCUCGCCAAGCUCGGUACAAGGGCGUGGGAUACGGAAUCAAUUCACCGAAAUAUUUGCAGUAUCAUAUUUGUCAUUUUUGGGCUUUUUUACGACGGUGGGAAUCGCAGUAUCUGUUUACACACUGACUGCUGCUGGAGUUGAUCGUCUUAUCGCUGUUUACCGGCCACUACGCUACCGGAAGGACAGAGCAAAAAUGUUUGCCAAACGAAUAUGUGUCGUUAUUUGGAUAGUAACAAUAAUAUGUGGUAGUUUGCCGCUUUACGUUUCAUCACUCAGAUAUUCACUAAUUGCAUCCUUCCUCGUUUCGUCGGCUGGCACCGGCGCUCUAAUCUUAUACAUUAUUGCGUUUGCUCUACCAGUUGUGGCAAUGUGGAUUAUUAGUGUUGCUACGUUCCAUAUGACCAGGAAACACGCCAUGGCAAGCAGUCAUUUAACGUCAGAUUCUAAAAAAAAAUCUCGUUCAAUUGAAACCCGAUUGGCGCGAACUUUAUCCAUUAUGGUCGGCGUGUUCACACUUAACCUGGUGCCCGCAGCAAUCGUUACAAUCGCAACCUUCCUAACGGUAAGUGUGUAUUACAAUUUACCGGAAUACCUUGACGUAUCAGGAGCAUCAGUCUUUAUCGCGUUUGAGUUUUUCUCCUUUAUGAUUCUGGCAAGCAACAGUUUGUGGAACUUCUUUAUUUACAAUGCACGGAACACGGAGUUCAAAGCAGCUUUAAAGAAACAAUGUAAGGAAGCGGCGAAGAAAACUGGAGCAGCUGAUUGUUGGUUGACAACGUUGGGUUGUGCGCAACAAGUCGCACACGAUGGCCGACGUAGAUUAUCCUCCAUACCAAACCUCGCCCUUUCAAGCGCCGCUGGCCGCAAAAAAAGUUCAUCUGGUGACGUCACUGCUAUGACGAAGUUUUCCAGCACGGCAAAAUCUGAAGCUUUGUCUUCGGGGGGAACGUCAGCCUUCCGAUCAACUGCAGGCUCUACAACUGAAUUAAAAACCGAAAAAAACAAAAGCACCGAAACAGCUGUUGCAAGUCAAUCGUCAUCGGAAAUAAAACCUUAUCAGCCGAUCUACGAGAAGAAGAAAGGACUACAAAAACAACAGAAGGAAACAAAGGAAGAUAAAGUGACGGAUGACUCGAUAUUUCAAUCCUUCGCGAUUAAUUGCAACGCUGACCGACUAUUGGUGUCUGUGGUUGAUAAUAUUGAAGAUGAAAUUAUUGAAUUGGAUGACGAAGGGAAGGUGGUGACAAGUCCAGUGUAACUGACUCAUUAAUGAAACGUACAGUUUAUAUUCCAACAUGGUGUGUUUAAACCGAUUUGUUCUGUAUUUGAGGAAUUAUUUUUUGUGCAACAGGCAAACGUAUAAAGAUCAAUUAAACCAUAGGUUGGAAGA